CAAGAGCCUGAACACUCCCUCCUCCCCCUCUUCCUCCUCCUCCUACUCCACAACAUACUAAAACAAUAAAACGCUUCACUCUCGGCUCACUCCCACAUCUACAGCCUCCAUCAGCCUCUGCUCCUCUCUCCUGUGUGGUUCAACUUGCAAACUAGCCAUCAUGGUUUCCCAUAAGGAGUUUGCGGCUGCAGGAAAGCAGCCCGGGCUGCAGGUGUGGCGUAUCGAGAACCUGGACCUGAAGCCUGUUCCCAAGGCCCUGCAUGGCAGCUUCUACACCGGGGACGCCUACCUGCUGCUCUUCACCACCGCGGCCCCUUCAUACAACAUCCACAUGUGGCUGGGGGAGGAGUGCUCCCAGGAUGAGAGCGGAGCGGUGGCCAUCUUUGCCACGCAGCUGGACGACUUCCUGGGUGGGAAACCGGUGCAGUACAGGGAUGUGCAGAACUCCGAAUCCAACACCUUUCUGGGGUACUUCAAGUCGGGAAUCAAAUACCAGAAAGGGGGCGUGGCCUCAGGUUUUCAUCAUGUGGUGACAAACGACAUGAGUGCGAAGCGCCUGCUGCAUCUCAAGGGUCGGAGGGCCAUCAGAGCAACAGAGGUGGAGCUGUCCUGGGCCAGCUUCAACAAGGGGGACUCCUUCAUUCUUGACCUGGGCAAGGACAUCUAUCAGUGGUGUGGCAGUGAGUGUAACCGCUAUGAGCGGCUGAAGGCCUCUGAAGUCUCCAUUGGCAUCAGAGAUAAUGAGAGGAACGGACGAGCCAAAUUGCACAUGGUGGAGGAGGGGGAAGAGCCAAAAGCAUUCACAGAGGCUCUGGGGCCCAAAACAGCCAUUGCCCCCAGUACUCCGGAUGAUGAGAAGGCUGACAUCUCCAACAAGAAGAAGGGUGCCCUCUACAUGAUCUCCGAUGCAUCUGGAACGAUGAAGGUUUCUUCCGUGGCUCCGUCCAGUCCCUUCAAACAGGCCAUGCUGUCCCCUGAGGAGUGCUACAUCCUGGACAAUGGGGUGGACAAGAACAUCUUUGUUUGGAAAGGUCCCAAAGCCAACAUGUCAGAGCGUAAAGCAGCCAUGUCAGCAGGUCAGCAGUUCAUCAAAGACAAGGGUUACUCCAAUAAGACACAGAUCCAAGUCCUUCCCGCGGGAGCUGAGACGACUCUGUUCAAGCAGUUCUUCAGCGACUGGCGGGACAAAGACGAGACUACGGGCCCCAGUAAGGCCUACACCAUCGGCAGCAUAGCCAAAGUGGAACAGGUGCCCUUCGACGCCUCCACCCUGCACUCCAACAAGGUCAUGGCAGCCCAGCACGGCAUGGUUGACGAUGGCAAGGGCAAAGUCCAGAUUUGGCGCGUUGAGAACGGAGCAAAGGCGCCCGUGGAUCCCUCCCUCUACGGUCACUUCUACGGCGGAGACUGUUACCUCAUCCUCUACAGCUACAGACUGGGAGGCCGGGAACAACACAUCAUAUACACCUGGCAGGGGCUGAAGUGCACGCAGGAUGAGCUGGCGGCCUCGGCGUUCCUCACAGUGUUGCUCGAUGACUCAAUGGGAGGAUCCCCGGUUCAGGUGAGAGUGACUCAGGGCCAGGAGCCUCCACACCUGAUGAGCCUGUUCCAGGGCAAACCCAUGAUCAUCCACCUCGGAGGGACGUCAUCCAAAGGUGGACAGUCACAGGCCGGCAGCACUCGCCUCUUCCACAUCCGCCAGAGCUCCUCCGGCGCCACCCGAGCAGUGGAGGUCGAGGCCUCUGCUUCCAACCUGAACACCAACGACGUGUUUGUGCUGAAAACCCCGGGUGCCCUGUUUGUCUGGCGGGGUGUGGGUGCCAGUGAUGAAGAGAUGGAUGCUGCCAAACAUGUGGUGGGCUUCCUGGGCGGCAGUCCCAGCCAGGUGUCGGAGGGCAAGGAACCAGCUGACUUCUGGUCUGCACUUGGUGGCAAGAAGGAAUACCAGACCUCCAAGAGUCUGAGGAGCGUAGCCCAUCCCCCACGUCUGUUUGGCUGCUCCAACAAAACUGGCAGACUCAUUGUUGAAGAAGUACCAGGAGACUUCACUCAGUCAGACCUGGCCACUGAUGAUGUCAUGCUCCUAGAUACCUGGGACCAGAUCUUCCUUUGGGUCGGCAACGAGGCGAACGAGGAGGAAAGGAAAGGAGCUCCCAAAAUAGCAAAGGAAUAUGUGGACUCAGACCCGUCCGGUCGCAGAGGACUGCCCAUCACCACCAUCAAACAGGGAGUAGAGCCUCCAACUUUCGCUGGCUGGUUCCAGGCUUGGGAUCCCAAGAUGUGGGAGACGGACCCACUGGACAGAAUCCGCGGCAAAUUCUGAACACAAAACCCCAGGCUAUCUUUUCCAGUCUUACUUCUCACCUGUCCAGCGCUUCCUGAUGCUGUUUCGUUGAUCUUAACUGUAAUCCCUAAGUGCCAAAACCUAUGUAAUCAGGUUAUCACAUUGAAUGGCUGCCUCUUUGCCUUGGUCACGGUGCAGUGCGUCGGACUUCGUAAACAGGAAGGCAUCACAUCAGUAGUCAAAUGGCUUCCAGUAGCAACAUUAUGUUUCAUUGAUAGAAGUGGUUUAUUGAUCUGUUGCAUCCACAACAGCUUGUUGCCUUCAUGUCCUUAUCAACGAAAAAUUAGGGAAGGAAAAGCCAUUUGAGGCAGCUGGAUGUAUCCUGUUUCUUUCUGCUCUCUUUCACUGCUCAGAAGACACCAUCAUGCUUUCUUUUCUGUCUGUCUUCAGUCGUUUUAUCUCAUAAUAAACUAGUAUGUCAGACAAACAGUUCAACCCAUUAUUACUCUGUUUCUACAUGUGUUUGAUCUUUGGUACUGCAAUGCUGUACACUUCAGAAGAUGCAUGCUGCAUAUUUUUUACCAUGUUUUGUGCUUGUGAAUUUUAAAAAAGGCGUACAGUGGUGUGUACGCGUGCCACGUUACCUGACCCUGAAUUGCUCACAUGGAUGGCUUUUAAAUAAAACUCCCAGUAUUUCAAA